AUGGCUCCGCUUCAUACGCGUCUGAGUUUGUCUUUUGACCUUGCAGGCAAAGGGGCUCUUGCUCGUCUUGGCAAGUAUUGGUAUCCUGUGCGGCUGAUUCAGUCCUAUGAGACUGCUAGUCUCCCUGCUACUGCACGCAACCGAGUACGCUGGCAGGUGAUUUGGUGGCGCGGUUGCAAAUUCCCAUCCAGUCUCGGACCACCUCCUAGUGAUGUCGAGCAAGGAGAUCUCGUGGACGAACUCUGGCAGGACCAAUCUAAGAGGCGUGAGAUUCGCCUCGGAGAAUGGGUCCACUCUUGGGAUACCCCUCGCGAAGAAGACUUGAUUCAAAAUUUUAUGUCAGCAGAACCAUCGAAAGAAUUGGACGACAUUCUACGACCUCAUAUUGCUUCGCUUCAGAAGCUCCUUGAUAGUCUUGACUUGAACCAGUGUGAUGCGGAGGCAUAUCCUGUGAUAGACUACAUCUUGCGGUCGAAGAAGAACCUAGAUGGUGUGGGUGCAUACAGCAUACCAUUUUGUGGCGACAUCUCAUCUCACGAGUAUGCAAAAAUCGCACGUUGGUUCGCUGAGAACAUUCCCGGUGCCUCCGGUCAAGUCGAAAAAUGGCUCGGUGGCAUGCCUUUAGUGCACGCUUUCACUCUCGUUGUUGCUCAUCGAAAGGCUGGUUAUUUCCAAAAACGCGUCGAAGCUCAGAACGAGGAAUGGAACAAUAACGAGCUUUUGAAGAUGGCUUGGGCUGCUCUCGAUUUCUGA